CGACGGAACGUUAGUGGGAUCUGUCAAUACGAAAUUCUGGAGGUGUCUGGGCUGCGUAUCAGCAGCGACUUAGAUUUAACGUGAAAUCGCGUCCUGAUUUUACCUUUUCAGACAAGCCAAUGGAGAAAUUUACCGAAAUUCUUGUGAAAUGAUCCUGCAGGCCGAACGAAGCCAUUUUUAAAGACGUUCCAAGGAGGUUUUUUUAUACAGUUCACAAGCUAUGACCACUGAAAAUGAAUGCCAACCAAAUGUUAUCAGACCAUCUGCCUUUCUGUCUGGUAAUCCAGCAGACAGCAAAUGCCUUAGUGCCAAUAGCGUUAGUGACGAGGACAUGAAUUUUGCCGAUUUUGACAAAAUGAAUAAAGAACUGGAAAUCCAAAAUUAUGUAGAUCAGCAACACAAGAACGAGAUAAAUGUAGUUGUGGGCGAAAAGGAAGUUUCUGACCUUGUCAAAACUUUAAGCCGAGCCAGCUCGUUUGACCGUGAUGUGCAUUACAGCACAGGCUGUUCCUUGAAGGAAAAAGAAUUUCAAAGUCUAGAAAGUGAUUUACAAAUGAAUGCAGUAUCCAAAGAAGAUAACGAUUUCUUUGAGAGAAGCCUCGAGAACAAUUAUGACGACGUUAACUUAGGAAUUAAGAUUUGUAAAAGUGCUGAUGGAAAUUUUCAUGACGAUGAUGGACAGUUGGAAAGUUAUUCCUCGAGGGACUUUGAUGUUGGAGGCUGCAGUAUUGGUGAUGAUGAAUGGGACUCAGAUGGUCGACCUACGGGGGAAAGGUGGCCCCCUCUGGGUGCUCCAGAUGAUGACGAUGAUAAUCGGUCACUUUACUCGUAUUCAGAGUAUAGUUGGCAUAGGAGAAUUAAACAGUCUUACGAGGAAGAACGAGUACAGCAGCUGGAAGAAGAGCAGGAGCAGCUCACCAAUUCUCUAAUGUCUCUUACGUCUCAUUUUGCACAGGUUCAAUUCAGGUUAAAACAGAUAGUAGAUGCAUCACCAAAUGAAAAAGAAGCUUUACUUCAAGAGCUUGAAGAGUUUGCAAAUCGUGGCAUCCCAGACCUUCGAGAGGCAACUAAAAGCAAGCAUAAUUCAGGGAGUAAACAGGAACAUGCUGACGAAAUAGCUGCAGUUACCCGCCAGAAGGAACUCAUUGAAAAGUUGAAACAGCAGCUUGAGGAUUUGGAAAACUACGCUUACCAGACAGGUGAAGGGGGACCUCCGCAAUCCAAAGUCAUGGAAAAGCAGAGGGUUAUCAUUGAACAAUUGAAAGGGAAGCUCAACUUGAACGUGGACGAGUUUGAGAAAUUGACAGUGGAUGAUCUGAGGAAUCAGGUAGACCAUGCCAUCUGUGAGCUGGUGAACCCAUUAAAGAUGAAAGAACAGCUUAUAGCACAGCUUCAGACACAAAUAACAGAUCUGGAGAGAUUUAUUAUAUUCUUGCAAGGUGAAGCAGGUGAGAAGGAAGUAGACCCCAAAACAACAAAAUGUGGUUGCAAGGAACCUCAGCAAAGACAUCCUGGUGUUGGAAGAUCGCACGAAGCUGAACGCAGGCAGGGGAGAUCUGGGGCUAUACCUUCUAAAUUAAGUCAAGGGAGCAGUGAGAAGGAACAGCUACGCAGGGAGACUGAACAUAUCGUGAAACGAGCUACAAUACUACUGAAUAUGCUUUCAUUUGGUUGCGGUCCAAACCAUCACAGAUUCCAGAAGAAUACGCUUAAGAAAACGCCUCAAGGAAACCAUUAUGGUGAUUUGAGAGCAGCUCUCGAGAUUUCCAUAAAUAAUGUUCUAGAAAUAUUGGGCCCAGAAACGCCUGCUGAUAGUGAUUACACGAGCGACUCUGAAGAGAUACCAGUUGUGGCGUACCAUGAGGAAUUAGUUCUGGCAGUUCGCAAGCAACUUGCUCCAGCACUGCGAGAUCUGAUACAGCACGGAUUAAUGCCUGUUGGACAAAGCCAAAGUUUAGUGCCCUUUUUAUCCUGUUUCCCUCAACGAUCGCAAAAAGCUACCAAGUUGCUUCAUGCGUGGGACCUUAUCCUAAAAUAUUAUCAGUUGAAAAAGGGUGACCAGUACAAUCGUACACCAGCCAGGCGUUUGAGUCAGAGUUUUAACUUAGAAAUCACUGGUGGGUCAGCGCUAACCAGCAAACAAGCGUUAUUGAGCAUCAUUGGCAGUAUUAUUGCGUCUCAUUCCCCACUGAAACGAAGCUACGAUUCCCACUUUAAAGCCUUUGUUUGUGCUGCAUUGAACCAGAAGAAAUUGAUAACCUGGCUUCGCCAUAUAUUCAGGACACAAGUUUUAACUGAGAAUUACUAUCAGUCAUGGAGCUAUGUAAGCAAAACAGGCUUUGAAGAUGCCUUCCGGUCCUUGGAGAAACUCAACAAAUAUAACCUCGAUUUGCCUGUUGACUUAGCUGUGCAACCUUUCCAAAACAUUAAGGAUGCAUUUUAAAUUAAAAGCAUAGUUACCUGAUGGUGUUGGCAGAGUGAGAAAGGAAAUAUUUAACAAUAUUAUGAAGCUGGGGGUCUUCCUUACUGAAAUUGCAAAGAAGUAUUUUAUUUUUUUGUUUUGAGCCUUCCCAUAUCAGUCCUUUAGUAUUAUAAGAACAAAAAAAUAUAUAUUGUACGUACUGUGCGGUAUGAUAGUAUUUAUUCUAAGAGAAGUAUGACUUUGAGUUUGCAUUUUAUUUUUAUGACCAGUGUAUAAGGGCUGUAGUUUAUCCUCUUACUAUUACUAUAGUACUCUAUGACUAAACUAUCUAUCCAGUUUGCAGCCAAAUAUAGAAUGCAAUAUAAUGCAAAA